UGAAUAAUAUAUGUUAAUGUGUAAGUAUAGUAUGUAUAUAGAUAUAUCGAGGGUUCGAUGUGGAUAAAAGCGAGGGGAGGGUUCCGUUGGAAUGGCUGUCGGAGAGUGUAUAGCGCGUUUGAGUCAGUUGGUGUAGAGACUCCAUGGAGAGCGCUUGUUGUUGUCUAAUGUCACUCAAUAUCCCUUCAAUGUCAAUUACUGUCUUCUACUUUGGUCGAUUGUACCAUUCGCGCUUGACAUUGACACACUGAUAACUACAUGGAUUAAAUAUAUCUGUAUAUAUAUAUAACCAAUGGUGUGCAGCGUAUACGGCGCGAAAUUCUUUUUUUAAUUUUUUUCGUUAAUUAAAAUUGCAAUGAUGGCGUACGAUUAUCCUUAUCCAGUAUCGAGAACUCAUCAAUAUAAAAAGAUUACGAAGCCAAUGUUGGAGAGAAAAAGGCGGGCUCGGAUUAAUAGAUGUUUGGAGGAAUUGAAAAAUCUUAUGGUCGAUGCUUUAGAGACUGAAGGUGAAAAUAUAAGUAAAUUAGAAAAAGCGGAUAUUCUUGAACUCACUGUACGUCACCUUCAAAGACUCCAAGCUUCCAGAGCAUCAGAACCAUCUUCGUCACUCAACGAAGAAACUUUGGCAGAAAGUCGUUGGCAAUCAGGAUUCGGACAGUGCGCCGCCGAAGCAUGCAAAUAUCUCGCGGCGCUUCCCGGCGAGUCUGGUCAAAAAUUAGCUCGUCAUUUAGCCUCAGGACUCCAAUCGAAACGAAAAUUAAACACUUCCAUAUUACCAGUACAAGAACCAUCUCUGAUAAUUGUUAGCCCAGAUAAUUAUCACAAAGCCGGUCAACAAUCUCUGUGGGAGUCAUCGUCAACAUCAUCGACAACGUCACUGCCAAUGACGUCCAGACUCACUUCCUCGCCAAUUGAUUCAUCCUCACAAUAUUCAUCAUCCGAGAAACAGGAUAUGUCUAAUGACAAUAAUAAUAUUAACAAUAACAAUAUAAACAAUAACUUUAUUACAAAUAAUACUUUACCAGUAAAUUCUCAGGCAUCAAAUGAAACCGAAUGUCCACAAGUAUCAGGAUCAGUUGAUGACAAUAUAAAUCGUGAUAUAUUAUUAAGUAAGACUGUGAUUGUAGAAAAGAUAUACUACGGAAAUGAUAAUAAUGAGAGUGAUGGUGAUGAAGAGAUUGAAAUAGAUGUUGAAAAAGUUGAUGAUACUGAUACUAUGUGGAGGCCUUGGUAGUUAUCGAUAAAUAUAUGAUUUAAUUAAUUGAUAAGUAUUUAUUAAUGAUUUCGUUAAAUUUUAUUUGCUAUAAAUUAUAAAUAUUGACUAUAGGUUUAUUCUAUUGAUAAUUUUAUUGACCACAGUUGAAUUAUUAUUUUUAAUAUCAGAAAUAAUAUUUACUGGCCCAGUUAUAUUUUUAUAUUUCACUCGAAAUAUAUCGCGUUACUAAUUUCAAAAGGACAUAUUUUUAUUCGCCCUCUUGGCUUUAGGGAGCCUCCUAAAGCCAGAAGGGCGUAGGAUUUUUUUUGAUCACCAAUUGUUUGGUAGAUUUAUUUUAGAGAUGAAAAUUAAAAAAAAAUUUGAAAGACAAAAAGACGAAUGACUUAAAUUAUUUGCCUUUUUGGCUUUCAAUUUUAAGCUCUAGAAUAAGUCUUCAAAAUGAUUCAUAAUAAAAAAAGAUUUUGGUUCUACAUUGUAAAAAAUUAAGAGUGAAUUUGGAGAGCACGGAAAAAAAAUUCUCGGAAAAUUACAAUUUUAAGAGUAAAAAUAAUUUUUUUAAACUCGAAAGUAUAAACAUUGCAGCUCAUAGUCUAAUUAUUAAUAAAUAUUGUGAGAAUUACAGUAUAAGCUACAAUUUUUAUAUUUUCAAAAGUAUAAUUGAUUUUAAAUUCAAAAGUAAAAUUGAUUUUACCAUUAAAACUGUAAUUUUUAAAGUAUUCUUUUUUCUGUGUAAUUACGAAUUUUAUUUAAAUCCAAAUUCAUACCGAUAUUCAGAGUUUUGAAGUUUUUAAAAAAUUACUCCGCAUACGGAAUAAAUAGGGAGUUUGUUUUUGCAGCAGAGUAUACGGAAAAAACAAUAUAAUAGUGGCAAUCCUCUGGAAUAAUACUGAGUACUUUCUGUAAAAAAAAAAUUUCAGACACUACUGUAUGCUAUCUAGACAGUAUCCACUACUAUCUAGACUAUAUCCACUACUGUUCGGGAUUGUACUCAGUACUAUCCAGAGAGUUGCCACUACUAUAUUGUUUUUUCCGUGUAUCUGGAUUUUAUUCAAAUCCGCAUUCACUCCAAUUCAGAGUUUUAAUAUUAAAAUAAACUCCCCUUCGGAGUAAAUUUUACUCCGAGGGGAUUAAAUAACUAAACAAUUAUCCGCUCCAAAUUCACUCCGCAUUCGCCUUGGAUUUAAUCCGCGUUCACUCCGCAAAUUUUUUACAGUAUAGAGGAAGCUCCCUAAAGCCAAAAGGACAUGAGAAUGUAAGUCCUUAUGAAAUUAGUAACACCAUAUGAUAUAUUGCAAUAAUUAAUACUCGUAAUUUUUGUAAAUAUGAUCUUGAUAAAUAAUUAAACAAUCAAAAAUUGCUUUCUAUAUAAGGGAAUAACAUUUUUGAAACUAUCAACUUAUUUAAGAAUUAUGAUAAAUACGAGCAAAUGUUUUGGUACAUGGCUUUAACUUAAUUAAUUAAAAUCAAUAUCAUGAUAAUGAUAUAUGCGUUAAUUAUUAAUAUGAUCAAUUGUAUUAGUUUUAGAGAUAUCUAUUGU